CUCAUCAAAGCACAACGAUUGGAAGUCUCAUUCACAGCGACGGGUCUUGUCUUCUACAUGGCAUAAUUCAAUUCAACCAGCACCGCCACAAACAAGUCGAACCAGCGAGAUGGCGUUCCUGCUAGAAGGCGAGACGGAUGAGACACUGGCCGCGGCGCUGGCAUUUCUGGACGAGCAACAGAAAUCUUCAGUAUCUUCAUUGGAGGAGUCGCUCGAGCUCAGUGAUGACAUCCCCACUCUCCCGUCCCUUGACGACCCUGAGGCCGCCAAUGUGCUGGACGAUCUGAGCGCAGAGCUGCCUGCGCCAGCGGACAAGGCGACCAAAAACACGAGCUGGUCAGCCGCCAUCCCCACACCGAAGAUGCUCUCUCAACGUCUUUUCAAGCACCACCAGGUGGCCCCUUGCCCUCCUCCCCAACCUGCUUUCACCAAUCCAGCCAAGACCUCAAGUCCUACGCAAAAGAAGAAGUCAUACGUACGCAAGAAACCUCUGAGCUAUAACCCGAACAAGGCGCGAGAUGAGCGCAAAUUGGAGCUGAUAUAUCUCCGCCAGAAAGUGGUUGAUAUGGAGUUGGAGCUACAGAAGCUACAGGAGAUUAAGGGAGCAAGUCGAGCCAACGCAGAAGUUUGUGAGUCAGUCAACGUUUUGGCAGCGAGCCACCACUGCGAUGCCACUAACGAUGGAGUCCCCCGCGUCUGGGAGAAAAUGUGCGCACGCCAACUACAGCGCCGCGUGAAGGCGGAGCGCGAAAAUGCUCGCCUGAAGAUGGUGCUCGAGGGUCAGAUCAAGAUCGCCAAGAGCAUGGAACAGAUCCUUAAGAAGCGCAAGGUUCUGCGUGCUAUGGAGUCGUGUGGUAGCAACAAGCGCACGAAGCACACCAACCGCGUGCAUCGACCCGAUCCUCGUGCUGACGCGAAGAUCUUUGAGAUCCUGCUGGCUGGUGUCGAGGCCUCGUACCGCGAAGUUGAUGCUGUGUUCGAGGCCAAUGGUCUUGGCCGCACAGAAGCUCCUAAGAGCGACGCUCAGAUGCACGACGGUGUGAACGGCAUGUACUUGGAGACCUUUGCCAACAAGAUGGUUCCAUUUGCCAUGCACGCUACGGGUGAGGCUGUGUGGCAGCACUUUAAGGGGACGGAUAUCCCGUACCGUUGGUAUCACUCCAAGUCGGCCGGUUCGAUCGAGUCGACAGAGGAUACGAUGGUUGAAUGCUUCGGCAUGGAUAUGUAUGAUGCCAAGAGCAAUACAAAAGCCGAGUUCAACGUCAAACAGAUCCUCCGUCGCUAUAUCGAGGAAGACCGCGUUGUCAUUGUCUGGCGCUCGCACAUUAUACCUCUCGAGUUCUCCAACAAACGAUUCGCGGGUAUUCGUUUCCAGGAGAAAGGGUAUGUGGUCAUCAAGCCUCGUGCUCAUAGCGACGAUAGCACUACAGACGACGACUUCACGCUGGUGCAGACUUGCUACAUCAUUACCCCCGAUCUGUCCGAUCAGUCGCUGAACGACGAUGCCAAGACGGGUGCUCUGACUGAAUUUGUCCUGAACUCCACAGCUGCCAACAUUUCUGCCAGUCACGAAAUGAUUGAAAACGUUUUACUGGACCAAGCACUGCAACAGCGAAAGCGACGGGAUUAAUGUGUCAUCAUCUCCUGCGUACGCAUCAAUUUCUGAAUAUAUAUCAAGUCCAGCGUGUUACAUGUACUUAGUAUGUCAUCAUCAAUACUACAGAAAUAUCUGAAGGUUUGUUGAGAUUUACUACUAAUGCAGUAUUAUUACAUUCACGUU